UUUAAAGGAAGCCAAAAACACAAGUGUAAACAAAGCGAGCUGAUUGUAGCCAUAGAUCAUUUUAACUUCAAAAACGUUCUUGUUCUGUUUAUUGAAGAAUCUUCACUGUAUUGACCGAGGUAAAAGCUGUUCGAUAAAAAGUAAAACAAGAAAUUUUUUUAUAGUUGAAGUACUGGUAACAAAAGGCAAAGAUUGUACCCAUUUACUUUUGAGUGAUCUGAUACUACUUGUUUGAUCAUUGAUAGUUAUAGUAGCUUCAACGCUUAGUAGUAGCGAUCGGCGAUAGUGACGGAUAGGCUAUAAUAGAUAGUGACAUAGCCUGAUAGGUACUUUGGUUAAAAAAAUUGUAAAAUAAAUCAAAUGGCUUAGUUGAAUAUAGCUAAUCUUUUUACAGAAUUACAACACCAAAAUAAUAUCUUUACUAUUGUAGUUGUAGUUUUAUUUUUAUUAAAAAACUUUCAAAGAUGAAUUUUUGAAUUUGGACUUCCUUUGCCCUUUUUUAACAUGGACCACACCUCCACAUUCUGUGACCCAAUUCCGCUGUUUACUUUACGAGCUAUAUAACUCUCGUUCUAAUGAUAAUUUUAUACUUAUACGUCUUUUAUUUUCAGAACUAAUGCUUUAUUAAAAAUUACAAUGACAAUGGCACUAAAAGAAGAGGUUACCAGUCUUAAGUUUACAUUCAUAAAAGAAUGUCAUCAGCGGCCCGAGCCGAGGCUCUUUUGGCACCUCCCCCCCCCCCCCCCCCUAGGAAUCCCUAUUCCCAAACCCCAGAGACAUUUCGUCCCGAAGAUGAACCAUCUGGUUACCCCAGGCAGUCAAAGGGGUAGCUUUCUUUUAAUUUGAUCUUACUUAGUAAGGGAUAUAUUCUUACUCAGGAUUACUGUAAUCGCCUCCGCCACCCUUGUGGUAUAACGCAAGCAAUCAUCUGUUUUCUGGUCAACCCACCCAUAUCGGGGUCCACUGGUACUUUCUUGCUAAGGAAAGUAAAGUUUUACGCAAAGCUGUCAACCACAAUAGAACCUAGUAGUGUUUAAUUCUAAAAUGGUACUGGGCAAUCUUGGCCUAUACAUUAAACACGUCACAAAAAUUAGCUAGUAAUGGGAACGAAACAGCUGUCUAAGAGACCCGUCUUUAAAGAGGGUUGCACAUUUUGUCAUGGAUGACACCUUUGUAUCUACGAUCCAUUAGCAGUACGGUAGCUGUAAUCAUGUCCCUAAACCCUAGUUCCUAACAUGUGCCUUAAACCCUAGCCUCUAUCAUAUGAUGUAAACCCUAAUGCUAAUCCCACACCUCAUGCCACAUUAUCCUGCAGAGUUGUGGGUAUCCCUGAAUUUUUCCGAGGUCGACUUGACGAAUUUAUUUAUAUUGAAAUCCUUAUUUUAAAAGUGUGAUGGUUAGGCCUAAGAGGUAAGGCUACCAUAAUAUAAUAAAUCUUGUUUAUGAAAUUGAUGUAGUUAAAUAAACACAAUUUGAAAAUCUGUUAUACCUAAAGUGUCAGCCCUAGGCUCUUUAUACUGACUUUUAAUUAACAGCCUUUGUUUUUUUUUGUGAGCUUCCUUCCACAAUCACUUUCAAGUUAUCUUUUUCUAGACCUCUCUUUGUCUCUUCAGGGUCUAUUUAUUUUAAGUCAAAUUAAGGCUUCAAGUAUUUUUUUUUUACCGCUGCAAAAUUGUCUUCCAUUCUACAUGAUACAGUCAGUGGAGCCUGUUAUGACUCACACUUUGAUAAAACUCAGUUGUGGCAUGCCUCCUAAAAUUGUGUUUCAUCAUUCGCACAUGAUUAAAAACCCUGGUAUAAAGUGACCCCUCAUUAGCUUUUAUAUGACCUUUCUAAUAGCUAUAAUUUGACCCCUUUUAUAUAUACUGUGACCCCUCACUAGCUAUAAUGUGACCCCUCUAUAAAUAUGAUCCAAUUGUAUGGACUGCAAUUAUCAUGCCAAAUUAGGGUUCCAUUGUAUGAAUAAGAUGUGGAUGUUGUGUUUAACUUUGCCUUUAAAAAUAUAUAUAUUUAAAAAAAAUAGAAUUUGAAUUGAGUGAAUGCAUUGCAUCCUGGGACGUUCUGAACUUUUUUUAUCCAUAAAACUCAUAACUGUACAAUGGCUGUCUGCCUCUAAGGAAAUAGCUUGCAUGCGAAACCCAUGAAAAGACUAUAACUUGACAGAUUGAAAAUACAUUUUUUUAAUUACCCCUAGUAAUAUUAACAUUAUUAAAAAAACAGUUUUACUACAAUCAUUAUACCUUAAACAUACUUAUAACUUAUACCGGUACUCAUUUUAAAUAUUAAAUUCUGCCCUCAAGCAUUCAAUUUUCAUGUCUAUAAUCUCUUAUUUUCCAGUUAUUGUUAAGUGAACCAUGGGCGGAUUUCUGGGUAAAUAUGAAGAGGCUGGCUAUUUAGAUGACAAAUCUGAAGAUAUCACCCCCAAAAAAGUUUUGCGUAACAAGCGAUUGCUGUCUCUUGACCCAAGGUCACCAUCAGAAGGAAUAGCUAGGACACCAAUAAUUGUAGAAAAAACACCAGUUCCUGGCGUUGUUCGGAAUAAAUUGUGUAGUUCUCUAGAAGAGACACCAAGAAUUAAUAGAAGUUCUGACAAAGUACAAGAUCCUCGUUCUCCAACAAUUGAAUUUUCACGGACUCCUAUCAACCCCUGCCACUCCUCAGGUAAAUAAUACCCCUUAUUUUGUUUCAAUUUGAAAAUUCAUUGAGUUCUUGGCAGCUAUCGUCUUUAUUAUUAUUAUUAUAUUUGUAGCCCACUUGCAGAAGAAUGCAGAAAGCACUGAACAAGUUUGCAUCCAUUUAUGGGAUCUGUGGUGAAAAUAUUUUUAAAACAUCCACUUUUUUUAUUUUUUAUAUUAAAUUGCAUUUUAACUACUGGUAACAUGUUGUAUUUUGUUGUACAUGCUACUAAACUCUCUUCUGGUAUUUGUGCUGUAAGUUGUUAGAAAUAGCUUAGUGUAUUUACUUAAUAAACAUCAAGUAAUGUAAAAAAAGCAGAGUUCAUUAUUUAUCUCAAUAACAUUGUUUUGGAUUGACAGUUUGGAUUUGGAGUUUACCAAUAGGAAUAUUUUAGGCUCUUAAUUGAUCAUUUCCAAUAUUUCAGUAAUGUCCAGGCAAGUGGAUCCUCUUGCAAUGAAAGAUUUGAGCUUGAAAGAUUCUCCUGUGUCACUUUACAUGUGUGAUACUGAAUCAGGGAUUGGAUCUACUGAGGUCACCCCCGUGUUAAAGUACAGGAAAACUCAAGGUCUGAUAAUUCAUUAAUGAUCAGGAUGUUCUUUAAACUUUUAUAGCUCAGCUUUCUUUGUACAACAAAUUUUAAAAGGACCUUGACCAUACAGUUUGGCAAAACAUGAAGAAAAAAUGCCUAUGUCAUGUCAUCUAAAAAAGCUGCACGCUAUAUUAUUUCUAAUAAUAAUAUAUAUUUUUUUGUUUUGACAUUCUUACAUUCUCAUUUGUGGGAGCUGUUUCUAUAUUGUAGAACUAUCAAACAUAACUUUCAUGUUAAUCAUUCAAACAUAUUCUUAAUAGUUUUUAAAGUAUUGGGUACCGGUUAGCUUAAAUGCUUUUAUGAGCUAAGGAUCAAUAUUUAAAUAUGCUUUAAAACUGAGCAAAUAACCCUGUAUAAAUUGCAGUGUUUUUUUCAUAUUUUAUAAUAAUUUUGUUCAAACCAAAUGCAGAAUAUAUGUAUAGUGGACUUAAUUCUAUCUCUGUAGGGCAUACAAGUCAACUGGUUGAGAGUCCAGAUUCAGCUUUGGGAAUUGACGCUUGGAAACAACCACGAAUGGAUUGUGGUGACCAGAGACCUCAGGUACAUUGUUUUUUUUUGUUAGUCCUUCACAUGUUAAGAUGACCAAGGUUGUAUGCAAUGGUGUAUACAUACGAGGCUUGUGAGUCCUAUUUGUGUGCUUCGAAAGCUUGCCCACAUGUAUCACACAAGUGUUUUGAGGUUCUGGUGAUAGUGGAGAUACUUCUGCUUUUCUUUGUUGUAAUUUUGGUAGUUAAAACCUAACUUCUGACAAUAAUAUUAAUAGCGAACACUUAAGUUUUUUAACUACUUUCUAUUUCUUGUUGACCCCGGACUUUAUUUCAUUUGUCGUGUCUGCUGAGGAAGGAAGGCUCUUAGCCAAAACAUUCUUCUUUUAUUGUCCUGUCUUUAUAUUUCAAUCUUCCUCGUUCCUUUAUUUCUUUGCUGCAUGCUUUCUUUGCAGGUGAGUAGUUCAUUUAUCUCAUAAGAGUCUGCAUCAACACUGAGUCUGACUCACCAGGUUGUGCAAUCCAAAGCAAGUGUUUCCAGAAAGUUCAGAUCAUUGUCCAUGGAUUUUAGAUACACAAUUUGGCAAUCCUAGAAAUUUUUUUUUUUUUUUGCCCACCACCUGAGACUUUUACUUAAGGAUAGUUAGCAGUACAUUAAUUUUAGGCCAUCUGCCCUCUGGCAUUUUUACAACAUGUCAUGCCCAUCUGGUUUGUCCAUUUUGAAUUAAUGUGUGAAUGCAGAGAGGGCUAACCUGUUGGAGGGUUUCUGUAUCAUAUCAGGGACACUAUCCUGUAGUAUGUGAUGUUAUUACACCCACCCUCAUAUGCGCCCGGAUUGAUUGGAUAAAAAAAAUUUAGACAAAAAUAGACAAAAAAUGUAUUAAAGUAAAGAGAAAAUAAAGAGAAAGUAACUAAGCUGAUGUCCUGUCCGUUCGUUCACCAUACAAAUAGGCUACAGUAAAUUAAAAUUACAUUAAAACAUUACUAAAAAAGUUUUUCGCCCCCCCCCCCCCCCAGAAAGUUAAUCAAUUUUUUUUGCCCCCCCCCCAAGAAAGUUUUCUGCGGGCGCCCAAGCCCACCCUGCAUAUGAAUCUUUGCAUUGGACUUGUUCAUGUGGCUAUAUGAUAUAGAGAAUCAUGCUGUGUUAGAAAGUUUUCAACUUUUAGAAGUGUAAAAUUUAACUACUUGACACAAGAUUAGAAUUUUGUAAUGAAAUACUAAUAGCUGGUUUUAGUCAUCAAAAUGUUUAAAAAUAAAAAUUGAUCUUUCAUUGCAUUUUUUCCUACCACUUUCAAUUACAUAUCUUAUUAUUAGAUAGUACCAGUAACUAAAGUUCUUUGUUUUACAUGGUGUGCAGACUCAACAUGAUGCUUCGCUUGAAAAUGAAGCUAAUCCAGAAUUAGUCCAUGUCCAAAACAAUGCAUACUUCUCUCUAGAGGCUAGAGAUUCUGUAUUACAAGAUGAGAAUAUUUUUAUUCCUGCUAAUACAGGUGAGUUGAUCAAUAAUUUAUCUAGAAUCGGACUAACAUGGAAUUUUAUUAUUUACUAUUACACACGACAAGGUAAUCCAGUAUUGCUGGAGAAGAAGACCCAAUCCACAUCAUUAAUACAAACUUCCCCUGCUGGGACCGUCAAUAUUAUUUUUGUGUUUUAUCAUUGUCCUCCCCUGCCCGCUGCCCUUCCUUACCAUCUCCACAUGCUGUCAUCCCUACCUUCCCAAAUCAUCUUCUUUUACCUUAUAUUGGCACACUUCACAUCCACCUUUCUACUCAGCAGCAUAACUUAACUUUUAUUUGCUCAGAAAUAUAAUUUUUUCACUUUAAAAUGAUAUCUUUAAGUUAGGGUUGGUCUGGAUGUGGCAUCUAAAGAUAAUAAGAGACUUAUUAGUUACUUUUACCUCAUGUGGAUGCAUUCUAAGACUUAUGUUACCAUAAUAAUAAACAUUUUAAAUUGCUGUGACUAAUACUACUUUUUUUUUGUUUGUUGAUUGCAAGUUAUUGAUUUUUUUAUGGGCAAAUUUAAAGUUAUUUAUGAUUUAACUGAUCCGCAAGCUCUUAGUGCAUAAAGUUAUUACUGAAUAAAAUAAACACAUUAAAUCAGAGUGUCUGGAAAAAUUUCAUUUCAUAUCAAACCUUAACUUAUAAACUUUUAAAAUUCUUUAAUUUCAGAGAUGAUAGUUAGUGAUGAGAGUGAAACAAAGUUGUCCUAUGCUAUCCCUCCUUUCAUCAGUAGAAAGACAGGAUCUGUAUGUAUGACAGCGGGGGUAGUAAGGUCUCCAUUGUCUCUGGUGGAGAAUUCAAGAGCCCUUUCCCAAAGAAAUGUGAUUAUGCCCUCAGGAGGAAAGCAAACACCCAAAUACUCACGAGUUGUUGAUAAAGAAAAUUUAUAUCACUGAUUACAAGUGGAGAAAUGCUCAUUGAGUUUAUGUAUUUGUUCUUUGGUUGAGGAAUGAAAGAUGUUGCGGACAAAUACCAAAUUAUUGUACAGUCACUAUGUUAGACACUAAUACUGGUCCAAAAUUGUCUAGUUUCAAUGCUUAAGUCACAUAAAACUGUUAAAACUUGGAUGUCAGUAAAAUUAGGUUAAGUUGCUCUUUGAAUAUUUGUUAGACGGAUUAUUUCAAUUGUUAGACUUUUUAAAAAGGUGAAAACUGUGAGUUUGAUAAUUUGAAUUUAUUUUUUAGGGUUUGUUUUACAUCUAUUGAAUUUUUAGAAAUACAGGCUAGGGGCUGUUAAUUUAAACGUUUUGAAAAUCGUAAGACUUUGUUCCAAAAUCAUAAACGUUGAGUGCAUAAUUAAGUAUAAAUAAAGAUCAGAUAUGAAAGGUGAGAAUGAUAAAAUAUUAAGAGCACUGGACUGCAGUAAGAGAGUAGACGUUUUAUUUGUGUGAAUGUGUGAGAUGCAUUUUUUUUAUUUUGUAACAUUUUUUCCUGGGUAUUUAAUUCAAGUAAGUUAUUACGGUAUAUUAAAAUUUCCUUAUAGUUUUAAAAAC